AUGGGGUCAUGGCAAUCUCGAGAGGGCACCCACUCGAGAGAGCAAGACGGGCCACCCCAGACGGGGGCAGGUUGGGACCCCGUACCAAGCGAGCUCGGGGAGUGUUGGGACCUUGGGCGGGGGGACCAGGGAGGGGCGAACCUCGCUGACUCCACGCGGGCACCGCAGCGCCCUGUGCGUCUGUGGGCCCUCAGGCACAGACUCACAAAAGGGAGACCCGCGGGCCGGACGGGCUUUUGGUUGCACCUCGUAUUUCUGAGCUGGGUUAGAAGUGAUUUUGCCCAGGGAUCCGAUGAGAAGAGUCUGGGCUUAAAAGAACAGCUCUGGAGUGAGUUUUCAAAUGUACAGAUGAAGGAAACUUGGGGCUGGAGAUGGUUGCAUCCCCGUGUAGCCAUGACGACUGCCAUCCUGGAGCGUCUGAGCACCCUGUCUGUGAGUGGACAGCAUCUGCGCCGCCUGCCCAAGAUUUUGGAGGAUGGGCUGCCCAAGAUGCCCGGCACCGUCCUGGAGACCGACGUGCCCCAGCUCUUCCGGGAGCCCUACAUCCAUGCUGGGUACCGCCCCACUGGCCACGAGUGGCGUUACUACUUCUUCAGCCUCUUCCAGAAACACAACGAGGUGGUCAACGUCUGGACCCACUUGCUGGCGGCUCUGGCCGUCCUCUUGCGGUUCUGGGCCUUUGUGGAGGCCGAGGGCCUGCCGUGGACCUCUGCCCACGCCCUGCCCCUGCUCCUCUACGUCCUGUCCUCCAUCACUUACCUCACCUUCAGCCUCCUGGCCCACCUGCUGCAGUCCAAGUCCGAGCUCUCCCACUACACCUUCUACUUUGUGGACUACGUGGGCGUGAGCGUUUACCAGUACGGCAGUGCCCUGGUCCACUUCUUCUACACCUCCGACCAGGCCUGGUACGAGCACUUCUGGCUUUUCUUCCUGCCCGCAGCCGCCUUCUGUGGCUGGCUAUCUUGCGCCGGCUGCUGCUACGCUAAGUACCGGUACCGCAGGCCUUACCCAGUCAUGAGGAAGAUCUGUCAGGUGGUGCCGGCGGGGCUGGCCUUCAUCCUGGACAUCAGCCCCGUGGCACAUCGCGUGGUUCUGUGCCACCUGUCUGGCUGCCAGGAGCAGGCGGUCUGGUACCACUCCCUGCAGAUUGUCUUCUUCCUGGUCAGUGCCUACUUCUUCUCCUGCCCGGUUCCAGAGAAGUACUUCCCGGGUUCCUGUGACAUCGUGGGCCACGGGCACCAGAUCUUCCACGCCUUUCUGUCUGUCUGCACACUGUCCCAGCUGGAGGCCAUCCUCCUAGACUACAGGGGGCGACAGGAGAUCUUCCUGCAACGCCACAGCCCCCUGUCCAUCUACAUGGCCUGCCUCUCCUUCUUCUUCUUGGUCACCUGCAGUGCAGCCACUGCAGCCUUCUUGAGGCAAAAAAUCAAGGCCAGACUGACCAAAAAAGAUUCUUGAGGCCGGCAGGUGGGGUGCGGUGUGGAGUUGGCCUGAUAUGAUUUGGGGAAAACUUGAAUCAGCAGUAGGAGUUGACUUUUUGUUUUUUAGAGCAGGCUUUUAAAUGAGUACAUAUUUCCAAGGGUGGCUGUGGCUAUGGCCUUAGGAAGCCCAAGGGUCCAAGAGUUUUGCUGUUAUUGUUGUGAAUGAAAGUAUCCCUUUAUCCUCUGGGCUGUAGCCUUACGAGACACAGGAAGGGAAGGGACCUUGGCUAAGAUUCAUCGGACACUGAAUUAAGAACCAUCUUCAUGCCUGAAAAUUUAGUAGAAUUCCGACUGUGGCCGCCAGGGGCAAGGCCUGGUGUAAAGGGAUAAUCCAACUGGACUGGGGAAGUUAGGAGGUGGCUGGACCACACUGUAUUGAAAUGAGCAUUCUUCUGUGAUGCUGGUCUUUGGUAAUUGGGUACAUUGACCCAAGGACCCGAUUUCAUUUGGAUUUCAGAUCGUCCUGGGUGGAGAAGUCAGAAUCUUCAAGAAGAUUCCGUAAAACCCUCAGACCUCGUGAAUUACUCGGUUCGUCUCACUUCCAGUCCCUUCUCUGGCCCACUCUAGCACCGACCCUUUUCUCAGGAUGAUGUCUGCCUGGCUGUUUUCUCCCAAGUGCUGUUCACUCCCAUCUGUACCUUGCAUGAUGAUGAGAGGACGAUGAAGCAGUCAUACUUCCAGGAAAUGCUUGGAUCCAUGUGGACAUUCAGGAAACUUACUGUCAUAUAAUACUAAUGGAAACGGUAGUAGAAAAUACAGUGCCAAGAGCCAUCAGGAGGUCCAGCCAGCAAGCAUGGAUACCGUUUGGUGUCAUGGGACCCUUCUGGUUUAUACCUGUGCAUUGCAGGAUUACUUGAGAUCUGUUAGGGCUGCUUUACAUGCCAGAAGAUCUGGAGCUUUCUCCAGAGCAUCUUCUCCAGAUUUUGACCAGCAUGUUCAAAAAGCCCCUGGUAGAGUGAAUUGGUUCUGAGAGUCCCACUAGGGAUCUGAUUAUUUCAAGAGGAACUCAAGGUCCAGCCUCUUAAAUAGAUGCUGCCCCACGAAGGACCCGCAUAACUACCCUGGUUCAGGGUCCUCGGGGAGGCAGUUGUACCUCAGCUUAGAGCAGCUUAAAUUAAUCAAGCCUCAGGACAGGCACAUGUGUGCAUUCAUGGUGGAUUGGUCCCUGAAGGCUCCUUUGGGUGAGGAUGGUGAACUGGGCACCCUGUAGGCAGAAUGUUCUGUUCAGGACAUAGCUGCCCAGCAGCUUCUAUGGGGUGAGGGAGGCUUGCAGUUGAUGUGUUCUGGCCACGCAGCCCCCCUGAGGACUGCCUUCUGCACUGAUCCAGUGAAGGGGGCUGCAUUGGAACCCUCCCCAGAGGCUGUAUUUCCUAUCAAUAUAAGGUCUGUUUACUAAAAAGGGAGGUGGGUUUUCAUUCCAGUUUGAUGAACCUCCUCUCUUCCUAGAUUACUUUGUUGUCUUCAUAUCUUUGUUUUCUUCCUUUCUCUUGAGAGAUGUGUAGGGUUUGUGCCUUAUAAAUGGAAAUGUACGAACUUAAUACACUUAAUACAUGGCCUUGUGGAAUUUUCAGUUUGGGGUUAUAGGGAUAAGAAAAAAAGAAUUAAUUGCCUUCCAAACCAUGGAUGAAAAAACUUAUGAAUAUCAGAAUUGCUUAUCCAUCAGAAGACUCUUUCAACCUAUAUUUUGGAGGGAAAAAUUCAACUGAGCCUUUCCUGUAAUCUUUAUAUCAAGAAAGCGUAUGUUGGGACUUCCCUGGCAGUCCAGCGGUUAAGACUCCCCGCUUCCACUGCAGGGGGUGCGGGUUCGAUCCCUGGCCGGGGAACUAAGAUUCUGCAUGCCAUGGGGUGGCCAAAAAAAAAAAAAAAAAAGCAAGCAUAUGUCUUGUCAGUUAUGUUGUUUUCCUAGAUGGAUUUCUCCUGGGAAUCCUCAAAUACCUGAACUUCUGUGCUACCCAAGUGUCUUACACGAGCUUCUGGCAUCCAGGCCAAAUUCACCACCAAUAAAGUGAGCAACACCAAACCGGCUGAACUGAUGAACAAGGGAAUGGAAAGUUGUGUCACACAACGCUGCAAGUAGAGGGUCAGUGUUUUUUUUGGGUUUUUUUUUGCGGUAUGCGGGCCCCUCACUGUUGUGGCCUCUCCCGUUGCGGAGCACAGGCUCCAGACGCACAGGCUCAGUGGCCAUGGCUCACGGGCCCAGCCGCUCCGUGGCAUGUGGGAUCUUCCCGGACCAGGGCACGAACCCGUGUCCCCUGCAUCGGCAGGCGGACUCUCAACCACUGCGCCACCAGGGAAGCCCGAGGGUCAGUUUAAAUGGAGAUGAGAAAGUGUCUGAAAUGUCUGUAAUUAUGGAUUCAGAGACUAUCUUCUUUUAAAAAUUGGAAGGAAGAUGUAAGGCAAGCUUUUGCAUGUAACCGUGGUGGCCAUGGUGGGCAGAGAUCUUUAGGCCAAAUGCAGGUAUUUUUUAAGGGAGAAAAUACAAGGUAUAGCAGUGAUCUUCCAACGCCAUCCGCAGCCCAGUGCCAGUCUGCACACUUAUUGGUCUGUGACAAGAUACGUAUAGAGAGACACUAAACUCUUAGAUAUGAACAUAAAAUUCAUAACAUUUUGAUUUUAAUUUACCCAAGUAUUGGUCCCUCAAGUACUGGAAAUUUAAAAAAAAUUUUUUUACCAGAGAUAUUUGAGAAGAGUUGAGGGACUACUAUCUGGUUAGAAAUUCCAGUAUCUCAUGAGAAAUAGAGAAACAGGAGAUGCAGGCAUUUUUAAAUACUCAGACUCUUGAGGGGUUAAAUACUCCUUUUAAAACAUUUUCAUUCAAACGAUUGAAUCAGUAAGGAAGAGACCUAGUUUGUUUAAAAGGAAUAAUAAGUAUUUGAUAAAGGGGAUGGUUCUUCUUAUUCCACCAAAGCCAAAAGUUGACGUCUAUUGGAAAUUCUGCUGUCAUUGCUCUUUUUUACUAAGGUUUUCAACCUAUUAAAAUGUAAAUGCCUCUGGGAAAAAAACUAAACCAAACUAUUAGUCAUUUACGUCUUGGGAAUACAAUGCGUAUUGUAUGUGGCCCCCUACUCAGGGUAGAGAGAGGGAAUAACAGGAUGCAGCGAACUGGGGACCUAUUUGCCUGUUUGUUUCCCUCUUGCAAGCACUUCCUGACCUAUAUUUACUAGGGAGCUAAUGUUAAAACUCUUCAGAUGUUAGGGUUUCAUCUCCCACCUUGGCUGAAAGUACCUCACUCAGUAACACUAUUCUCAGUCCUCUACUGGAAGCUUGAAAUAGUAGGCGCUCAAGCCAUGGAAUGGAGGUAGUUCUUUCCUGCCUCUGUUGCCCACCUGUUCACCAGUUGUACCCUGAUGCUUGCAAACAUUAGGUUCUUCAGUUGCCACGCUGUAGUUUCAAAUGGGCCCUCCAGGUGGUGCUUAUGUCUUACUCAGAGAAGGCAUGGCCAUUGUCCCCAAGGCCGCCGCCUCAUUUUGUUGUUCCUAGGGUUUUGCUCGAUUGCUUGGCAAAGAAAAAAUAGAACUAUUUUCUGUUUAUAUAAAUCUACUUACACAAAUGACCAUUUAACAGAUUUUGUAAAUGCAUUAUUUUACUCUCAACAGCUACCUUGUGUCUUUGACAAGGCCUAUCUUAAAAAAAGGUUUUAUCUAGACAAACGUUACCAGAAGGAGAUCAGGACACUUCAUAGCCACCUAGAAGUAGGAAAGUAUAAAAGCUUUGAAAAAAAUCUCCGUACCCCAAAUCCCAAAAUAUUCUCCCCCUCCCCCAAAUCCCCACUUGUGAGUAGAUCAAAUUGGGCCCCCUCCCCAAAAGCUAUGGAGUUGAUUUCUCUAAGGAUUUUCAGUCUAAUUGAAUAAAUAUUUUAAUCUCAUGGACAA